AUGGAGCACGUAUCAAAGAGGUCAAUUGGGCAAUUCUUUAAGAGGAAAACUUCAACUGUAGAUGGAAGCAAAUCACAGAAAUGCGGAACCACUAACCAACUGCGGAAGCUGCUGCAUAAAAGAAGGGUACAGAAGCAGGCAGUGCCGGUUGAAUCCCAGUACAGAAUUCCGGGUGAUUUUAGGGAUAAUCAAAGCGUGAGAGUCAAAAACUCUAUGUACAACAGCUCACCGUCAGUAACGCCAUCUACGCAUCAUAUCAAUGAAAGGUAUGUUCGCUAUGACAUCAACACAAGGCCUUUGGUUGUUGUGCUCGCGAUCUCAAUUGUAUUUUUUGGCUGUCUCCUGGUCCUCAAGGACAUCAUCAUCCAGUCAUCAGAAAACAUCCUGAGUGUUUCCAAAUGGAAAAUCAUAGGGGCCUCCUUCAUGGGUACGCCCUACACAGGUCUUCUCACGGGGCUCGUUGGCCCUCUCCUGUCACCAUUUUCGGCUGUUUCGUCGUGGCUUUCAUUCAUCUUUUGA